AUGUCAAAUAGAAGAAGACAUUAUCCACAGCCGCUGUAUGCAGCUGCCAAUGCUAAUGUGCCACCAGCUAGCAAUGGAGGAGCGCCAAUUGGAGGUGCCUACGGAGUUGAUCAGUUGGGUCAACAAUUCCAAAAUUUCAACGUUGGAGGGGCUGGCACUCCUGGUACCCCUGGUACUCCAGGUGCCGCCGGCUUCCAACAACAGGCACCAAUUGGAGGUCCUGGUUAUGCCUAUGGAUCGCCACUGGUGAACCAGUACCAACAACCACAAGCGCCUCUCCAACAGCAGCAACAACAACAGCCAGCACAGGGCCAAUAUGGACAACCAGGCUACGGUGGCCAACCUCACGGUAGCCAACAACAGGCUCCACAACAGCAAGAUGGUGCUUAUGACUAUUCCGCUGGAUAUCAGCAAGCACAGGCUGCUGGUGGAGCUUAUGGAGCCGGCGCAGGUUUCGGUGUCACAGGUACUCCAGCCUUGCCAUUGAAUCAACUCUAUACUGCUGAUCUCUUGAAAGAAUUACCACCUUCCAUCUCGGAUCUCCAGCUCCCACCACCACCUUUAGUGCUUCCAGCAUCUACCUCAUUAAUUCCAUCGUCAGAAACCGCAAACGCAUCACCUGAGUACUUCAGAUCAACCAUGAAUGUAAUUCCAAACAAUAACUCUUUGUACAAGAAAUCCAAAUUGCCACUUGCCUUAAUUGUUAGACCAUACACUGCGUUGACCAUUGAAGAAGAGAACGUUCCAGUAACUUCUGAUACCAUUAUUUCUAGAUGUCGUCGUUGUAGAGGUUACAUUAACCCCUUCGUGUCAUUGGCUGAACAAGGUAGACGCUGGAGAUGUAAUUUCUGUAACUUGUUAAAUGACGUCCCAAGUUCAUUUGAAUACGAUGAGACUACUGGUACUGCCAAGAACAAGUUUGACAGAGUUGAAUUAAACCACUCCGUUGUUGAAUUUGUUGCUCCAAAGGAAUACAUGGCCAGAUCUCCACAACCAAUCGUGUAUACCUUCAUUAUUGAUGUCAGUUACGAUGCAGUUGCCUCUGGUUUAACUGGUACCGUCACUAGGACUAUUUUGGAAUCAUUAGAUCGUAUCCCUAACAAGAACCACACUGCUAGAGUGGCUUUUAUUGGUGUUGACUCUUCUUUGCACUACUUCAGAUUCAACAAUGAAGGUGUAAAUGAAGAUGCCAAUGAUGAUGCAGCAACUGGCAGUGGCCGUAGUAACAUUGAAUUGUUGAUUGUUUCUGAUAUUGAUGAAGCAUUCCUUCCAUCUCCAGAUGGUUUACUUGUCAACUUGUUUGAAAACAGAAGUGCAAUUGAAAAGUUAUUAAUUGACUUCCCUAAUUACUUUGAAAACACCGCUAACAACAAGUUUGCUCUUGGACCAGCUUUAAGAGCUGGUCAUAAAAUGAUUUCUCCUAUCGGUGGUAAGUUGAUUUGUUUUUCAGCAACUUUGCCAAACGUCGGUGAAGGUAAACUCACUGUAAGAGAUGAUCCCAGCUUGGCUGGUAAGGCCAAGGAACUGCAAUUAUUAGUUGCUGUGGAUAGCUUUUACAAAUCAUUUGCAGUUGAAUGUAACUCAUCACAAAUUACCGUUGACUUGUUCCUUACAUCGCUGAAAUAUCAAGAUGUUGCUUCCUUGUCCAACUUGCCAAGAUACACUGCUGGUCAAACACAUUUCUACCCAUCUUGGACUUCUGCAAAGAUGGAAGACGUCACUAAGUUAUCUAAGGAAGUUUCAGAUCACUUGUCUAUGGAUAUUGCAUUGGAAGCUGUAUUAAGAGUUAGAGGUUCUACUGGAUUACGUAUGUCGUCAUUUUUUGGUAAUUUCUUUAACAGAUCGUCCGAUUUGUGUUCAUUCCCAACCUACCCAAGAGAUCAAAGUUAUUGUAUUGAAAUGUCCAUUGAAGAGAAUAUUUCAAAGCCUGUGGUAUACUUUCAAGCCGCUGUUUUACACUCCACCAGUUUUGGUGAAAGAAGAAUUAGGGUUAUGAAUUUGGCUAUUCCAACUUCAAGUAAACUAGAUGACAUCUAUGCAUCUGCAGAUCAAUUAGCCAUUACCAAUUUCUAUACUCACAAGGCAAUUGAAAAGGCUAUCAGCCUGUCAUUACCAGAUGCAAGAGACUUUUUAACCAAAUCACUUGUUGAUAUUUUAAAUGUAUAUAAAAAGGAGUUGGUGGCAGGAAACGUUGCUGGAUCUUCUCCAUUGCAAUUAUCCACUAACUUAAGAAUGUUGCCCUUAUUAUUGUUUUCAUUGACCAAGCAUUUAGGUUUAAGAAAUGAUCGUGUACCCUCAGAUCAUAGAUCUUCGGCAUUAAACGUCUUGGGUUCAAUGCCUAUUCCACAUUUAAUCAAAUAUAUUUACCCAACUGUAUACUCGUUACAUAAUAUGGAUGAUGGUUGUGGAUUACCAGAAAAGAAAGUUGUCGUCAAUGAAGAAACAGGUGAAGAAGAAGAAGUUGCUACAGAAAGUACUUCUAUUAUGUUACCUGAACCAUUGAAUGAUACUAGAUCAGUUUGGGAAAAUUAUGGGUUAUAUUUGAUUGACAAUUCUACUGAAUUAUUCUUGUGGGUUGCUGGUGAUGUUGUACCAGGUUUGGUUUAUGAUUUAUUUGGAACUGAUAACUUAUACUCCAUCGCAACAGGAAAGACUGAAUUACCAGAAUUCUCAUUGGAAGAAUCUGAAUUUAAUUAUAGAGUGCGUCAAAUUAUUGGCAAGAUAAGAGAAUCCAAGGAUUCCAUUACAUGGAAGAAUUUGUACAUUGUUAUUGGAGGUUCAUCGAAUGAACCUAUCGAUAUAACCAACCAACGUGACUUACAAGCAUUAAGAAUGUGGGCAUUGAGUUGUUUGGUUGAGGACAAGACUCAAAGUGAACCAAGCUAUAGAGAUUUCUUGAGUUCAUUGAAACUCAAAGUCAGUCAAUAA